CUCGUGAGGAUAAGCGGCUAGGACGGGAUGGAACGUGCACCGUAAUGUCAAUGCAUCGUCGGUAGAGGACUUGAACAAGUUCUGAACGAGGAGUGGGAAUGAUGCUUGUUGGACGUCUCUUCGGAAACGAACGGCGAAUUUUGGAAGGAGGAGGGACAAAAAAGGCGGCGUAAUAUCGCUAACAACAAUAACAGUGGCGUCGCUCCGCUUUCCGACAUCCCGCGAACGCAGCGUCGGCCCAGGGGCGGACAGACGGCUAACCGUGCAAGCAUGGCGGACGACGGAGACAGCGCGACCGCUCCGCUCGACGCCAGCGGCGGCCGGGAGGCGGCGGCGGAGUCCGGCGGCGCGGGGGGCGGGAUGCUGCUGAACGUCGCGGUGGCGCUGGCCGUGCUGGCGGCGUGCGUGGCCCUCUACCGCCGCUGGGCCAGGCGGUUCGCCGAGGACGGGGCGGCCCGCGGCGGCGAGGCCUCGGCGCUGCCCAAGAUGAGGCGGCGGGACCUGACGCUGGAGCAGCUGCGCGAGUACGACGGGCUCCGGAACCCCCGCAUCCUCAUGGCCGUCAACAUGAAGGUGUUCGACGUGACCAGCGGCAAGAGGUUCUACGGCAAAGAGGGUUCGUACGGGAUCUUCGCCGGUCGCGACGCGUCCCGAGGCCUGGCCACCUUCUGCCUGGAGAAAGACGCCCUGCGGGACGAGUACGACGACCUGUCGGACCUCAGCGCCGUGCAGAUGGAGAGCGUCCGCGAGUGGGAGAUGCAGUUCAUGGAGAAGUACGACUACGUGGGCCGGUUGCUGAAACCGGGCGACGAGCCGUCGGAGUACACGGACGAGGAGGACGUCAAAGACAUCAAGGAGCACCCCAAACACGACUGACUCCGUCCUUACUUCAUCUGACCCCCCCCCCCUUUCAAAAAAAACAAACAAAAAAAAAAACCCUCGGACCGACCGCCGCCAUCUCAGGCCCCCCACCCCCUUUCCGGUUCUUUUUCUGGACGGGUUUCAGGAAAACAUAUUCUUCUCUGUUUUACCAUCUGGCCGACGUGUUCGCCCCCCCCCCCCCCCCCAUGGAGCUGUCAAAUCAAUCAAUCAAUCAAUCAAUGAAUCAUUUCCCCGUCGGGCACAGGUGUGGCAGUACCAAAUGUGCAAGGCAGGGCGGCGCUCUCCUCGUUGCUUGUGCACUACCAGUUGAUGUUCGUUAGUGUGCGGUGGGGGGGGGGGCUCAGCUCCGUGUUUUGGAAUCAUCGAAGGUGGGCGGGGGAGGAAGGCGAUUGGUGUCCCUAAUCAAUCGACUCAGUUGUUUACAAGCCGGCUAUACGUCUGUACCGCCCCCCCUUCAAAAAGUUACGGCCCAAGUAUUAGUCGUGCCUUAUUUGCUUUGUCGGCCCAGGUGGGGAACUAAAAAAAAAAAAAAAUAAGAAGAAGAAGAAAAAAUACACACACACACAAAAGAAGGCACACCAACUUGUAAAUAUUUAGCGCUUAGGACUCUUUCAGUCAGUGUUGCUGCCAUUUUCAUGUAGUCCAUUGUUGUUGUUGUUUUUUCUUAGGCCAAAUUACCCCCCCCCCCCCCCCCCCGGCCCCUGCGUGUGUCUCACUUUUGGGAAAGGUUGCAGAUUGUGUACAUAAGAAAAUAAUAUCCAUCAUUCUAUUCAAGCAUGUGCAAGACAAGAGUGAGCCGAGCGGCCAUUUUUGCCACCGUGUCGUCGUGUAUUUAAACGUCCGCCGGGAAGGGAUUUGUUCAUGUGUAAUAAAUGCUUUGGUUAGGAAUUGA